CAAAGGUCGGUGAAGGAGAUCCCAGUCCUGGGUUUGCAGAGGGCGGGGACAAUGAGCUGUAGCGGAAAGCUGGACUGACGGAGAAAGGGUAUUCGGAAAGACAUAUUUACGUCCAGAAGCUGAAACAAGUCAUCAUAUCAAAAUCUGAUAGUAAUUCAGUUCGUUAGGAUCGGAAUAUCAUCAGCCUCUAAACAUGGAGGGAGAAAUGCUCAUCUGUAAGAAAAUAUUUCACAUAUAAUUGUGACUGCUAAAGCACCGAGGCACACAUUUGAGCGAACAGACUGGGAAAAGCAUGAAUGAGUGGCACAAUUAAGGGAGUGUAUUCUACUGCACUGACUGUGGAAAGAGCAUUACCAGUUACUCAGCUUGAAAAACAAUUACACCUUCCACAACGGGGAGAGACCAUUCAUGCAUUCUGUCUGUGGACAUCAGUUUCCAUCAAUCAUCGAACCUGGAAAGAUACAAGGAUACUGACACCAUGGAGAAACCAUGGAAAUGUAGGGAAUGUGGGAAGGGAUUCAGUUACCCAUCAGGGUUGGAAACUCAUCAACGCAGUCACACUGGGGAGAGGCCGUUCAGCUGCUUUGUGUGUGGGAAGGGAUUCACUCAGUCAUCCAGUCUCUAUACACAUCAGCAUGUUCACACGGGAGUGAAACCAUUCACCUGCUCUGUGUGUGGGCAGGGAUUUAAUGCUUUAUCAACCCUCCGGACCCACCAGCAGGUUCACUCUGAUGAGAGACCGUUUAAAUGUUCUGACUGUGAGAAGAGUUUUAAAAGCAGAAAGGAUAUAUUGAUACAUCAACGCAGUCAUACUGGGGAGAGACCAUUCACCUGCAAAGUAUGUGGGAAAGGAUUCACUCAAUCAUCCCAUCUCCUGACACAUCAACUUGUUCACACGGAUGAGAGACCUUUUAAAUGUUCUGACUGUGAGAAGACCUUUAAAAGUAAAAAGGAUUUACAAAAUCACCAACGCACUCUGACUGGUGAGAAACCAUUCGUCUGCUCUGUGUGUGGGAAGGGAUUCACUAGUUCAUCUUACCUGCUGACACAUCAAUUUGUUCACACUGAUGAGAGACCUUUUGGAUGUCCUGACUGUGAGAAGAAAUUUAAAUGCAGAAAGCACCUUCUUAAACACCAGUACACUCACUCAGGAGAGAGGCCAUUCUCCUGCUCUGUCUGUGGAAAAGGAUUCACUCGAUUAUCCCACCUGCUGAGACACCAUCGAGUUCACACUGGGGAGAGGCCAUUCUCCUGUGCUGACUGCAAACAGGAAUUUGUUGAUUCAUCUGACCUUCUGAUCCACCAGCGAGUUCACAGCGGGGAGAGACCAUACUCCUGCUCCCUAUGUGGCAAGAGAUUCACUCAAUCAUCCCAUCUCACAACACACCAACUUGUUCACACUGAUGAGAGACCUUUCCAAUGUUCUGACUGCGAGAAGAGGUUUAAAAGUAAACAGAGUCUGCUGAAACACCAACAGAUUCACUCUGGGGAGGGACCGUUCAUCUGCAAAGUGUGUGGUAAAGGAUUCACUCAGUCACACAACCUCCGGAGACACCAGCAACUUCACCGGAGACACCAGCAAUUGGAUUCUGCUGUUACUGCUUUUGUUAACUGCAUCCAGGACUGAACCUUGCUGGUUGCCCAUUUCCAGUUGGGUUCCACAGUUCUGUGGUAUAUAUCAAGGAUUUAGACUUCAAUGUAGAGGUCAUGAUGAAAAAAACUGUAGAUAUGACAGAAGUUGGUUGUGUGGUGGCUGAUGAGGAAUAUACUGCAGACUGCAUGAUGUCAAUGGACUACUCAAACAGGCAGAAACAAGGCCAAUGGAAUUCAUUCUGCAGAUAAUGAAUCUGAGAAGACAGGGCCAACAGGGCAAAAAAAAAGGCGCAAUAAUUGGUCAGAUACUGUGAAGUGUCGAGGAACAGUGAGACCUUGGAGUCACAUCCAUGGAUUCCCCAAAGGUGGCUGGACAGGCAGAAAGGAGGGCAGUGAGGUAUUUGGUCAAGCUCAAUGUACAUAAGAGCAUGGAGGUAAUGUUGGAACUUCAGAAAACACUACUUAGAGCAUAGCUGGAGUACUGAGGGGAGCUCUUGUUGUCACAUUGAUCAAUUAGAAAUUCAGACUUGAUUAAUCAUCUUAAAACCAAAGUCAAUUUAUUCAUAUAAUUACAGUCAGUGUUAAAUGCAUUGAGUGUAGCUGAUAAAGCUAACCUACAAAUGAUUGCAACAGUGAAUAUAUCCGAAUUUUUUUUCAGCAAUUUAAAAUCUGCAGUGUUUCAAAAAUAAUAAUUAAGGAAAACAUUUUGGUUAACUUCCUUUUGAAGAAGGUGAUUUCAGUAUAAUAGAAUAAGUUGAUUGAAGAGUAGCUGAAGAAUUUUUAUUUAAACCUGAAAUUUAUUUUCAUUUAGUUCAUAAAUAAACACAAGGCAGGGUAUCCCUGACCCAUGGAGUACACAUCCAGUUUCAUUUGGGAAAAUCAGGAUUAUCAGAAUGACAGCACAGAAACAGACCGUUUGACCUCACUCUCACAUGCUGACCAGCAUUACUAAAGUGAACUGGUCCCAUUUGCCUGUGUUUGGCUCAUAGACUUCUAUAACUUCCCUAUCCACAUACUUGUCUAGAUGUCUUUUAAAUGUUGUAAUUGCACCUGCCUCUACCAGUACCUCUGACACCUCGUUCCAUAUAUGCACCACCCUCUGUUUGUGAUUGACAAGAGCACAGACUUGACCCAUAGCUAAAGCACUGCACUCAGUUCUGGUCCCCAUAUUCCAGGAUAGAUGUUAUUACAGAGGAGAUUGAUGAGGAUGAUUCCCAGAUUGGAGAAUUUCAGCUUGGAGGAAAGAUUGGAUGGGCUAGGGUUGUUUUCUGUGGAACAGAGGACACCAAGGUGAGAUUUAAUUGAAGUGAUAAGAUAAUGAGGAGCCCUGAUAGUGGAUAGGAAGGAACUAUUCAUUUUGAGGGAGGUUAGUAAUGGGCAGUUUUAGACUUAAGGUAAUUCACAGAAAGAGGGGGAGGUGAGAAAUAAUUUCAUCCAGAGAUGAUGGGGAGCUGGAUCUCACUGUCUGAUGGAUGGUCAAGGCAGAACCCUUAGUCAUAUUUUAAAAGAAAUGGAUAUGCUUGAAAUGUGAAACAUACAGGGCUAUGGACUGAUAUCUGCAGAAUGGGAUUAGCCUGGUUAAUUUUAUUUCAACCCAACACGAUGGGCCAAGUGGCCUCGAUCUGUACUAUAAUUUUCUAAAGUUUUAAUUCUGACCAUUGGAAUUUCUCUCUGUUGUUAGUAACCUCUUUAAAUUGGACUGGAGUUGAAUAUUCUGGAGAGGCAUUGAAUAAAUCAGCUUUGCUUCAAACUUGUCACUGGAGAUUGAUGUAUUUCUCCCCUGAGUGUUUAAUAUCACCUGGAGCUCAGACAGGACAAUCUCAGGGGAAGAUCGAAUGGCAGUAAUGGAACUGCAGCCUGGACACAUCCUUCCUUCAGGCUCACAGUGUGUGCGACAAAUAGCACUUUGGUCUUUCAAAUCUGUCCCCACUGACAGCAAAGCCCUGGUGUGAGGUAAUCCUGCAGUGUGUAAGAAAUUUGUCUCAGCCACUGUCUUCUGUGGCUUAGAGCUCCGAGACAUGAACAGAAUCUCAUUUACAACUGGAUUAAAUAUCAGAGGAAGAACAACGAUGAAGGCUGGAAAUAUGCUUCAAACGAGAGAUUAGUGUAAACCUAAGACUCUUCCUGACUGAAAGUGAUCCGGCAGGUUUAAGUUUCUUUUGCAUUGGUAAACAUAAAACGAUGUUCAGUAAUCCAAGCUGAGCUAGAAAUUAUUACCUCACCAAGAGUGUGACCAUUGUGGGAGUCUGACAAAUUAAUUUACAUUUUUUAAAAUAACCACCUCCAUAACAUUGGUGCCAGAAGGUGAUCAUGCUGAAGGAGUUUCAUCCAAAACUGUCUCCAUUAAUUUAUCACUUUCUAAUUCUGUGGGACCUAUCCCCAUGUUUGUUCUUUUCAGUUUUCCAGGAUUUGAUUAUUUUUUCAUUUUUCUUAAAUGUCUCUUGAAUCAUGUUAAUGUCAUAAUAAAGUGCAGGCGAAACUCA